GUUGUUCCUCUAGUGUCUUUACUCGUUCUUUCAGAUGUUUUACAUAAUUGAUGGCAUCUCCCAGAACAGAAGUCCUGUCCAUCUGUUAAGAGUUUACCAUCAUUUACAAAUUUGAGAAAUAUUAAUGGCUUUACAUAUAUACAAUGUAGUAUUGAGAUCCCAUAAAAAGAAACUUAUAGGAUUAUAUAGUCAUAUAUAGUCAAUUAUUUUUUGAAAGGUCAAGUUUCUGCAGCCUUUGGCAGUCAACAAUAUUUGGAGUUAUGCUUCCAUUGAAAUUGUUUUCUGAUAAAUUAAGCACUGAGAGUUGUGUGAGGUUUCAUAAGGAUGAGGGGAUUUCUCCUGAUAAUGCAUUCCCAUUCAACAGUAGCAUUUGCAAGAGCCUUAGCUUCCCCAAAGAAGUCGGAAUGACACCUUCGAGAAGAUUAUUUUCCAUGGUUAAAGAUUAAUUUCACUUGAAGAUGGAGCUGCAAAAUCUGAAACAGAGGAAAGCCAGUCACAAACAGUUCCUCACGAUGCCGAGGCUAUUCCAGUUGCUAAGCCAGUGAGCAUAAGUGCAACUAUUUCCACUGUCUUGGCAAGUGCUGGGAAUACUUUGGAGGGGUCUGUGGCAGAACUUGUGUUGAGUCCUCUUCGACUUGCAUUUGAGACAAAGAACUUGAAAAUCUUAGAAUCUGCUUUGGAUUGUCUUCAUUAUGAAGUGAACGACAAAGUGGCUGAUUCAAUGCUUGUUAAUACCAUAUUGAUGCUGGUGUAUGUUACUAAGUUUUUUUGGUGGGAAGCUGGAUACUGGAGCACAAUGGAUAUUGCACAUGAUCGAGCUGGUUUUUAUAUUUGCUGGGGAUGCCUUGUAUGGGUGCCUUCUAUAUAUACUUCUCCUGGCAUGCACCUGGUCAAUCAUCCCGUACACCUUGGAACUCAGUUGGCACUCUACAUCCUAGUAGCAGGCAUUCUUUGCAUAUACAUCAACUACGACUGUGAUAGGCAAAGGCAAGAGUUUCACAGAACAAAUGGCAAAGCUUUGGUUUGGGGUAAAGCUCCAUCAAAGAUAACUGCCACUUACACUACCACAACUGGGGAAACAAAAAGCAGCAUUCUUUUAACUUCGGGAUGCUUUCAUUCAUAACCACUAUGUCCCAGAAAUAUUAGCUGCAUUUUUCUGGACUGUUCCAGCUCUUUUUAACCACGUAACUUACC